AUGCAAGUCAUCAACAAGGUUGACUCCUUAAUAAUUGAAUGGCUAAAAGACGGCAAGUCUUACAAGUCAAUAGAAAACCAACUUCAUGUAUCUCCCAAUAGAGUAUCACGUAUUAAAAAAAUGCUUGAUUCCAAAGAAAAAGUGGUUUCUAAAAAAAUUGGCAGACCAAUUUCUGUCAAUAUAAAUAAACAAGUCGAAGUAUUCAACAAAACUAUCAAUAAUCCAUCACUGUCAUGCGCUUGUCUGGCAACCGAGAUUCAAUCAUCAACAACAUCUGUGCAACGCUUACGUAAAAAGCUGGGAUUUAAAUAUUCAACUCUAAGAAAAAGUCGGUUUCUGACUUUAAAACAGAGGGCUGUUAGAUAUGGAAAGACAAAUUUG